UUGUUGCGGCUGUUGCGGUGCCAGUCAUAUAUGCGCGCUUGCUGCUCUGACUUCCAUGCCGCCGGCUGCGCCAACUACCGUUUGUCCUCGAUGGCACCAAAAGAGCCAAACCUUCGAUAUGCUCUGCAGCGUGUUCCGUGACCACGGCUUGACCUUGUGUUGCACGUUUAUGAACGGCGAGGUUACUAAUGCGUGGUCUGCGUAGUUGUUAGCUUCCAAGGUCGCGGUUGGCCUUUUGUUGCGCAAGUACGCACUUAACGACGCGCUGCGGCGUCGUUAGGGCGACGCCAUGUUGGAUGCGUACGCAGUGUUUUUCCUAGAGUCCAUACCGUUGUGAAACCAAAAAAUACGCCGAGGAGUGCGCCUUGUCGCCAAGUGGUUGCGUUAGGUUUCUCAAGUUGGGUGUCGUUGCAAUCCAACGCGGCUGGCUUAGUGUUACCGGUUUGGACAGGGUCCGCUAUCGUCGCGCAGAAGGCAGCCACGAUGGAUAAGCCUACAGCCAGUGGUACGGGAAACCAGCGUGCAUUAUCAGUGACGCGGCGGUAGAAUGAAGUUCUCCGAUAGCCAUUCACUGCUUCGUUCGGCGUCCCGACUGUGGCACAUCGAGGCUGUUGAUGUUUUCAAUGGCAUCUACGAUGGUGCGCACAGAGUUGGCGCAGCGGGGGCCGCCUGCCUUUUCGGCUCUUGAGCAGACAAUGGUUACAGAUGGGCCCGUGGUGGCCAAGUACCCCAAGAUGGCCGUUGCCCUUGACUAUAGCCGAGAAGAAGACAGGCUUGCCACUUUUGGUGGGUGGCCCCCAGAUGCCCCGGUAUCUGCCAAGAAGCUGGCUCAGGGUGGCUUUGUGUGUAUAAGUGCUCCCAGGCGUCUCACACAGUGCUUCAAGUGUGGGCUCGAGGUUUCCGACUGGAAAAUUGCAGACUCCGUUGUUGAUAGACACCGCGCUGUGCGGCCAAGCUGUGUGUUUGUGCGUUCCCUUCCGAGCCCGCGUGUUCCGGUGGCAGCAAGCCCCAUUUAUUCCGCAGCCGGUGCAUCAUCUGUCGGUGCAAGGCGUGUAGAGCAACCGAUGCAGGUUGACAGUGUGAUUCCCCCGUUGCCACGCGUCAGCAGUGCACCGUAUGUGCGCAGUGGUGCUUGUGAGCCUGUGCCUAGGAAUGGUGUAGAAAAUGAUUUGCAGCUUCGUCGGCUACAGGCAUCAGAGGAAGAGCGGUUCAACACUUUCUCUGACUGGCCGCUGGACUUUCUGCCAGCACGGACGCUUGCUCAGGCGGGCUUUUACUAUCUUCACGAACAAGACAAGGUGCGGUGUGCCUUCUGCAAAGGCACAGUGCACAACUGGGAACCGGGGGAUGACCCCCUGCGAGAACAUGCCCGCCACUACCCGUGUUGCCCGUUCCUUCUGAACCCAGAUUUGGCUGGCCGGGACGAGUGUGGUCAUAUGUCAUGGCAACGGGCACGCUCUGCACCCGAGCGUGAGCAGCUGCUCGUUGGGAAUGGAUCCCAGGGAGUGCAUUUGAAAGGAGGCACUCCUCCUUCAGAGCUGUCUGGCCUUGGCGUGUCCGUACACGUCGGGCCGAAGCAUCCAUCGCAAGCAUCGCCUGAUGCCCGGCUGCGGACUUUCGAAAAGUGGCCUGCCACGUGCCCCAAGCGGCCUCAGGAAUUGGUGCCUGCUGGAUUUUUUUACAUUGGUCUCCAGGACUACACCAAGUGCUUCCACUGUGAUGGCGGCCUCUGCAAUUGGGAUGCGACAGACGACCCCUGGGAGGAACAUGCCCGCUGGUUUCCUCGCUGCCAGUUUGUGCUGCUGUCCAAGGGCGAGACAUACGUGGAGGACUGCCUCCAGCGACAUCAGUCACAUCUCAGUGCAGUUGCGGCAUCAACAAGCUCGCAAGGGCAGUCUGGAGGUGCCGAUGAAGGAAUGGCGACCGAACUGGCGGCACUCAUGCGGUCGGAGGAUGUGCAGUUUUACCUGUCACAAGGGGUUCCUGCAGAGACCUUGCGUGCUGCAUUAAUAAAGCAUAUGCGCAGCCAGGGCCGUGGUUUCGCAAGCCGUGACGAACUUCUGCAAGUUCUUGGGCAGCUGCUUGCCUUACCAAGGGCCUCUGCUGACCAGACUCCACAGCCAUCCACUGCAAGUGGCAUCACGAUCACCAAGCUGGCUACCAACCCUCAGCUGGAAAGUGUAGUUUCCAGAACGAAGCAUUCAUCGCUGGAGGUCCCGACGGAAGGGUCGGAGUCUUCGGACCUGGCUCUGGAGAACCUGCGACUCAAGGACCAGCGUCUCUGCAAGGUGUGUCUCGAUGCCGAGGUAGGCGUCGUGUUCCUGCCGUGCGGCCACCUGGUGGCGUGCCCCGCCUGCGCCUCCGCCCUGUCGGACUGCCCCGUCUGUCGCGCUUCCAUCCGCGGCACUGUGCGGACGUUCUUCUCUUGAAUUCGAUGACAAAACAAGAAAUGGGCAUGACAUGCGUCGCUACAACGGUGUCUUCAGCAAAUUUGGGAGAGGCAACAACCGUUGUUAACUAAUUUAGAAAUGCUUGAAAGUUCACAUAAUUUCCUUCCUUUCUACUUGUCUACAGCAACCUGUUUUGAGUAGAGGGUAUAACUUCCACGGCUUAAUCCUGUAAGACCAAUUGAUGACUGUGGCAGUUAGGCAACCUAUGCUGGUGAACUGCACAGUAAGCAUGCAGCGUGCCUACAGGGUUUAAAGUGGCGGUAGAAAAAUUCAGGAUGGCGCUUGCCUGCAUUGAGCAAAAAAAUUUGGCCAUUAUCUUUUUGCACAAAUUCAACUUGCACGGCCUAAAAUUUUGUCUGGGCCAUUAGACACUUUGACCAAUGCAUUACAACUGCACUAGCACCAGCAACAAUUAUCAAGACAAUUUCUCGACUUUCUAACUUCUGUACCGUUGCCUUUUACUCUGAGCAGCAGGUCUUGAAACACCUGCUACCACACGCUCUGUAGGAGAACUCGCUGCUCACCGAGUGGUCGAGGUAGCGAGCUGCAGGAAAGAAUGCCAACAGACAUCCUAGGAAAAAAAAAUAAUAAUAACUGCGCCUCAGCUGCGACAUUCCCCACCCUUGUUGCAGUUGCCUCAAGUGCAGUUCAUCAGCAAGAUGUCUGUGGUCAUGGCAGGAUCUUGUGCUGCGGGCCUUUCGUAAAUUUUGCAAGCAAAUGCCAAAAAGCGGCACAGGGCUUGCCAAGUCAAGCUGUGCUCUGUUAUAUUAAUUCGCUGCAGAAAAUUAGCUGAAGUGGCUUCCUUGCAGUGGCUCAUGGCUAAUUGCUCUAAUUGACUUGGAGCAGCAUUUUUCCGUCCCAUGGAUGGGAGUAAAUGAUGGAAUGGUUAUAUAGGUACUAGCGUACCUGCUUCAGAUCAAUCCAUGGAUUCGUCAUUACUGUCGGAGGAUCGGCAGCACGUGCAUUUUUAAAACAACUGUUAUUAAUUAAAGCGACGGUUAUCUUUGCUGCAUGCACACAUUUGUGCGUGCAGUGCACACUUUCAAGCAUGCAAGAUAUGUGUGAUUUGUAUUUGCGGGCAUUUCCAGAACCCCUGUUCCCGUCUUCUGAGAAGUGAGGCUAUGGACAAGAAGCCAAUUUAGCAAUCUUGCAAGGAAUUCUGUUAAGCUGCAGUCAAAGUUGAUGGUGUUCAUGUUGCUUCGCCUGUACACUGUCUGCCCAGGUAGCAAUUUGCACACGUCUAAAGACUUGACACGAUCAGUGUGAGGAUAUAGGUGCUUGAUAGGAACACCCAGCAUAUGCAGCAGUCAACAACUCAAAGCUAUGCUUAAUCCUCUGUGUAUAAAAAAGGGAGGGCUUGUGUUCAACAAAACUUUGUUUUAAACACGAUCUGGGCCUCAUUGGUGAACAGACAUGUCUGUCAAGUUUGGAUAAUCAUACCCGAUAUGCCACGUGGAGAUGUCACAGUGCCCACCUCACGCUUUUAAAGAAAAAACUGAAAAGAGACCUAGUUACUUUUAGAUUGGCACGAUAUUACACUUCAAGAAUCUACUUUUUUUUCCCAGGGGACUGUUCAAUGCGCACUGAUGACCAAAAUUUUAUGGCAUCUCGGUUGAUUUUUCAGACAUGAUUUGGAUGCGUGAUGUUGCAAGUAUGGCCAUGAACUGUGUUGGCACUGUUCAAGCUGUGGCCCACACCCUCACUUUUGUUUACAGGGCGAUUUAUUGGCCUUCCAAGUGUAUUCCAGCGUCGAAAACAGAUAUUCAACUGCACUGCAGCAAACACUUCUUUUUUUUUCUCGGUUUUAUUAUAAUCUUUAGAUUGUCAGGUCUGGGAUAUGUAUUGACGAGUUAUGACAUACAGUCAACGACCGAUUUUUUGGACCCUCUAGGGAACGUAAAAACGUCUGAAAAUUCAGGCAGUCCGAAAAAAUGAAUGCAUGCAAAAAACACACUUUUUUUUCUUUUUUUCUCGGAUCUAGAGGUAAAGGGCGAAGCACCAGGUUUCCGCAACCCUGCCAAAGCAUCAGUGAAGUGGCUAUAAAAAUACGCAUUCAAAAACUCUGUAUGCAGCCGACUGCCGGUUUAUUAUGUACAUGUGCAUCGUCGGGCAGCCGGUUUUAUUGCUGCAGUGGCUUGAAGAACUUGUUGUUUGGACGGCGUUCCGGUUGCAUGCGAUCAUAUUCACCUCGAUCUGAGCAAGGGUCAUGUCAGCACUGUACACCGAUGAAAGAGUCAACAAUCCUCGCGUCAACUCGGCGCUUGUAGGCGGCGCAGGCAUUGGCUCCUCAUUUUCAACAUCUGAGUCUUCUGAAUCCCCUACAACCUGACUCCUUGCUCACGUCAGCCUGCGAUGGGCCGCUCACGACUUGCUUAAUAAUGGCAGCUUUCUUUUCCAUCGUUAACCGACGGUACUGCUUUCCGCGCUUCGAUGCCAUCGGCGAGGUCGACGAAGACGGAGUGGGGGGCCAUUGAAGGCAAGCGAAAUUCUCAAGUUGCGAACAGUGGAGUUCGCAGACGAGCGUCGAAGCACCUAGGCCUAGCAUCGCAGAGCACACUUGACACAACAACACAACCACGCACCACGCUAGCCAAAACGUGGCCUACGCAAACAAAUGAAAUGGCGCCGCUCCGAAAACUCCGCCGGAAGCGGAUGUGCGGCGAUGAACAUAGCCAGCGUGGCCAGACCAAAUCGGUGUGUGACGGCUAGAUUUGGGUAGUUGUGGUUCAAAGCGGUGAUAUGCUUCGGCUGCAAGUCGAUUUCCUGCGCAAGGGCGCUGCGCGAGGAGCCAAAUGACCUUCCGUCGCGUCAAAAAGUCCGGAAAAUUGGACGGCGGGGGAUUCGAGCGUCCGAAACUUCAGAUGUCCUUAUACAUUGAUUCUAUGGGGCUCGUGGCAGUGCCGCGAAGACGUCCGAAAUAUCGGGCAUGUCCAAAAAUUCAGUCGUUGACUGUAGUUUGGUUAAGGCAUAAAACAUGGCAAAGAGUUGCAGAGUGAGUUUGGAAGCGGAACACUGUCACAGCCAGAAUGCAGGCUGUGGAAAGAAAUAGAAAUGAGCGUAAGUUUGUUAAACUUGAUUUUAUUUUACCAAGUACUUUUCAUAUGUCUAUUUUGUUAAGCAGAGAGUUAGUACGUGUUGUUCUUGAACGAGAUGUCUUUAUUUACAAAGCCUUUGCAAAAUUGGCAAAGAUGAAUGGAAGCUUUCUUGUUUGUUUUGCAUGUACUCUCGAUCUAUUUAUUUCUUAGGAUUAUCACAAUUCUUGGCCGCGUCUAAGGUUUUCUCCUAAUGCAUAGAAGCAAAUGCAAAUUGUUUUAACGAGGUCUUACACAGGAGGCUAAGACUGACAUCCGUUCUUCGUGGCUGUAGGAAAAAAAAAGACAAGUUUCUUUUCUUUUUCACAUCUGUUUUCUUUUAACUAUGAGAUGUGACCUCUGUAUAAAAAUAUGGUGCAUAGACUCUUCUUUAAUCUAAACGCUUGUGAAGACACUCAAAGGCAGCUAGCACAUUUUCUAGUGUGUUGUGUGGGUAGUGAGAGGCUAAUUGAUAAGUGCUCUGUUAUGCACUAGGUUUAUUCAUGUUAGUGAAUUACAGUCGCCGACCGUUUAUUUGGACCUCACGGGGACUGCGGAAAUGUUCGAAUAAAUAGGUGUCCGAAAAAGCGGAUUAAGAAAAAAAAAUGAAAUCCUUUAUUUCCACGCACUUAUUCGGGCUCGGCAGUAGGCUUGAAGAAAUCGUGAGUGUGCCGUUGCACGCUGUUCCGUUUACGUUCCGGCGGUGCAGCAGAAACCUGACGAAUGAUCUCGCUGUCGUCGAGUUCUGCGCAUGUCAGUACAGCAGUGUCAGCACCUUUGAAACUGUCAAAUGAGACGGUGUCCGGAAUCGCAAUGCAACCAAUGCGCAGGUUUCGGCAGAACAUUUUCUGCGUCAGUAGGGAGCACAUCGGAAGGCGACAAAUCUUAGGCCUCCCGGCACCCGCUUGCCGGCAUUCCCCAGCGCAGUCUGCGCGGGCACUGUCCGCGCCAUUAGACACUUGACGCGAUGUUUCCGUACGCCGCGUUGUAUCACCGAAACCUCGACACAGCACACAAAGCAAACACCACCGUGCCGACAACAGUUGCACAAACGAAAAACGUGGCCUGCUCGCAGCGUCACGCGCGAAAGAAACAAAUCAGCUGCUGGAUUGUCUUGACAUGGCGUACUAAGCUGAAACCGGAACCGCUGUACGACCACUCUAUCGAACUAGGCAGAAACGAUGAUGAUGAGCGGGGAUUUCCAGUAGCGCCACUUCGUGGUACAGCAAGGAGGCUCCGUUCAAAACAAAAAUGGCGUUCAGCAAGUCGAACUAUGCACCGGUCAGAGUCGGUGCAUGAUGCCCUCGAUCGAGUUGGCUCAAGGAGCGUCCGAAAAAUCGGACGAGAGGUCGCAAGGUGUCCGAACUUUCGGCAGUUGUUAUACAUUAUGAUCUAUGGGGAGAAUGGCGGUGCCCCGAAGCUGACCGAAUAAUCGGGCAUGUCCGAAUUUUUGGAGUCCGGAAAAUCGGUCGGCGACUGUACUGGGUUUGUGUGCACAGGAGUCAUUGCAUUAGUAAACUAUGUCUUUUUGUUUAAGCAUUCAUUCUCUGCACAGUGUGAACUAUUGCAAAAUGAACAAGCCUCUUUGUUGACUUGUUUGUUUGUGCUUGCAACACGGCAUGCCUGCAGGCAAGCACUGCUGGUUGUCAUAUCUCAUUGUAUCCGCAGUACAUACAUCUUCACACUCUUACAGUUUACAGCGCUGAUGUAUCUAAAUAAAUACACUUCUGUUGGUGUCUCUUGGGAUGCUUUUGUGACAUUGUGUUUUUGCAGCAAUUGUGCAGCAUGCAUAUAAACACUACUGAGUGCUUUGUGUAACUUGAACCAGAGAUUUUUUUUUUUAAUUAGAAUUCUGCAGGCUUCGAUGUUCCUUUUCAAUUUAAACUGACUUACUGUGACAGAAAAGUUUUCACAGUGGGCACUGCCACAUUCUCAAGCAAGCUUCUCCACAAUGCACACAUUGUGAAUUCAUCAUUGCCUUCAGUCUUGCCUACUGUGGCCUUCGAAAUACAUAGACAAGCGUCACUGCUCUUGGAGUCUGUACAAGUUGCGACUGACAUCUAUGCUUUGUAACUUAGCUGGCGCAGGAGUGCAGUGGCAGUAGCAGAGUUUUUUCUGUUGUACGGCGAGAGUUAAAAUGAGGAUGGAGAGUUGGCCUCGUGGGGGCCUUGUAAUGAAAAGGGCGGACGAACCGAUGGACAUAACAAACUCAGUUUCGAGAAGAGGAAGGAGAAGGGGUGUGUGUGUUAGCCAAGGAAGCUUUUUAACGCGAUAGCGUUAAGGACCCUUUGUCACAGAAAAUCCGGCAUCCCGCAUCUAGUGUCAGUGGCCAUGCUGGAGAAAGAAGAAAAGUGAUCGGAAAGCUCACCUUCAAGCAUGGCGUUUUCCGGUAGAGAUAACGGUUGCAUAAGCUGCAGUUGCCGGGAGGUGGAAACUGUAGCAUAGGAAGCAGGGAGUGAUGUAACUACACUUUCAUAUCUAAAGGAAGAACCCGCCAAGCAACUGAUUUCAUUUGUGUUGUGAUAAUGCUACGGGAAAGCCACUUAUAGUUAGGACUCCCGAAGAGCAGUGCGAAUACGAUGAGCGAUAACUGGAACAGCAGUCUAUAUUCACGACGAUGUCGUGCUCAGGCUAGGCAGGACUCAGCGGUUCCUGGCCAAAGCAAGUCAUGCACAAUUAGGACUCCUAAGGAGCAGCGCGAAUACGAUGAACAAUAACAAAAGGAACAGCAACGUCAGUAUACACAUCAACAGCAUGCUCAGGCUCUGCAGGACCCAGUUCAAGGCUACGUCACAUUGGUCUUAUCGGAUCAGGUGAUGCCGCAGCUUCGCUGGCUAACCUCUUCACAGCAUGCAUUGGAGCACUUUUUUUUUUUCUUUAAGUGUGUCAUUGAAGUGAGACAAAAAGUCUAAAGUAUGCUGCAUGGUUGCCAAAAACGUUGCUAGAACUUCGAGUUAAUUUUAAGUAGCAUAGGGUGGAGAACAGUAUGACCUAGUGUUAGCAGUGCAAAACGUAGAUGGGACACGAGAUGAGAAGACACCAACAAGCCUAAGCUGCUAUUCUAGCGAGUAUGACCUAACUUGGCAUAAAUUGUUUGCCUAAACAUCUCGCGUUUGUCUAUGGGGUCCAUGGAGGUGAGGAAUGAACAGUGAAUUGGCCAGCAUCGCGUAGCAGGUUUUUUAUUUUACUUAGCAGUGGACGGUGAUGACAGCUGAAUUUCAACAUUUACCUUCGGUUUUUUAGGUUGCAAAUUCAGUGCAAUUCAAAGGAACGUGGGUAAUUUGAUCUUCCUAGCACAGAAGGGCAUAUGGUCCCACGUUAUUCCUGCAAGUUUUCUAGUUCUCGGUGCUCCCGCUGAAUUCUGCGACACACACUCGGUCGAAUGUUAGCAUGGCAAUGGUGAGUACGUGACAGUUAUGCAGAUAGAAUACUAUGCUACCGCCCCUUGAUCUUUCUGAAAGCUCUUCGCAGAUGUGAUUUGUCCAAAUUCCACAGAAAAAGAAGCAGUGUGUUCAGACUUGCGUGAACUGGCCCAUCCACUCCAAUGUUUACGCCAUUUGAGGUCUAUGUAUCUUAUUCUCUUUCUGCUUUCUGAAUCUUGCCUUAAAAUUGAUUGCAAUCGGUAGGUAAAUUUAUUUAUGGCUACUCUUGCAAAUGUGCUCUAAUCAAAUGUAUAUAGUGAAAGUGCAGAACACAGAGUGUUUAGACUCAUUCCAAUAGGUGUCAUAAAGAACUUAAAAAGUAUUAAAAAGCAUGCAUUUUGUGAGCCCAGUGUGAAUCCUUUGAAGGCCACCAUACUGUGAUGCAGUGUGAGCGCCACUGGUGCAAAGGCAAUCAUUGCUUCCUUAUAGUCGCCGAGCCCAUGCACCGCUGACAUGCUUUUGAGUAAUGAAGUGUGCUUUAGAAGGCCAUUUUCGAAGCAAUUUUCCCAACUUCGGAGUCACUGAAAUUUUAGCAAUUUUUCUUUCACAUCACUAAAGAAUAGUUUCCAGUCGCUAAAAAGAAAAUUUUGUCACCGGACAGCCAAGAAAGUCGCCAAAUCUCUGACAAAAUGAAUAGACUGGCAACACUGGUAAUUUGUCACAUUUGCCUAAGACUUAUUACAUGUUUCUAAAUCUUGGUUCAAGUUACAUGAAACCCCCAGUAUACGCUUUCCAUGUGAGUUUUGCAUGUGCUUGACUCGUGUUGUGACCUUGUGAAAGUGUGGGCACAAGCGUAACAGCAUUAGCUGGUCCACGACGGGUUCAUGACUCGUGAUAGGUUUGAACUCCAUCAAACGAACUGAAGCCACAGUGAUUCGUUGCCUUUGGCUGAUUUCUUUCCCUCUAAAGUAGCUAGUGGGAGUGAAGAGCUCUGUACUUAUUUAAGCAUUGUUUUAAAGAGCUCCUCCUACACACUUCUUAAAUGAAGCUGCAAUAUACCUUGUGUACGACAGGGCAGGGGUUUGUAAAUUUGCACCCACAGUAUUAUAAGUUCACACACUACAGAGUUUCAAAGAGUCAAUGGUUGCACUUCGCCAACUUGAGGCAUAUUCCAACUGGUCGUUUCAAAGUUAUUGUACAUGGCUGUGAAGCUUGUGAAAGACAAUUUUAAAGCGUUAUUACAAGAAUAAGUUUGUUCAGUAGUGAUUAGCCAUCUUCGCUAUCGCAAAUGAAGCCCCCUUAUUUCACUGUAAACUUCAGUUAUUUCACUCUGUCUGCAGUGUUGCCAGAAUGCAGUGAAAUGACAAGUAGGAUAAAAAUGAUAUGCCAUUUGAUGAGACUUGCUCUCCAUGUGUCAUUCUUGGCAGACCAGUAGCUGUGAAAUCCCUUUUACCGGUGAAGGUGAGGCUGGCAUUUAAUGGUAUGUUUUUACACUGUACGUGGCUGUUUGUUUGCUGCGUUUUUGUCAGGUCUGGCAUGGAAAGCAGCAAACACUUAAAAAAAAAAUAUUAUGCAGAUCCAAUGCACAUCUUGGAAUCGAUGUAAAGUGGUUAAUUAUGUGCUAUAAAUGUGCCCAUUUUAUUCCUAUGUUUUUUUUUUGUUUUUUUUUUUAAAGGGAACUGAUGCAUGAUCAUGUGCUCUUGUGCACCCAUUCUGCGCAUUGUUAUACACAUGGCAAUCAUAUCUAAGAGCUAGUUUUGCGUUAGCUUGAUAGAAGUAUACAUGCGAUUGGGACCUAUGGUUAGAGCAUUGGGCUGCUGCCCAUGCUGUGGGACUGAGGUUCGAUCCUGCCAUCAGCCAUGUAAUGCUUUUUCUUUCCUUUCUUAUUUUUGAGAUUUUGAGUGCGAGCUUUUUGGCAGGACAGCUGCAGCAGCCACAGUCAGGCAAGUCCAGGAGGGUUCGCAGAGAAAGCUUCAUUUUAAGAGAGGCUGUGUAGGACACAGGCAUACCUUGAACAGAAUUCUGAGCUUGCAUGUUCUUCACAUCAUCUAGCACCUGGGGAAGUUAUCGUGCCAUGUUCAAGUGGCUUGGAACAAGUCUCGCAAAUGGAGCUUGUAAGGGUAGAGGCUCUGAACACAGCUGGUGUGACGGAUUGCAACCGUCACGGUCAUCUUGUGAUAUGUGGUUUUCAUGCAUAGCUGGCAACACUGUGGAGGCUGAAGUUUGUUUUGCACUCCUUUGUUUGCGAUCAAAAAAAUAGUGCAUGCAUCAUGACGGGAAGCAAUAGGAAUGUGUUGCAUAGUUUGGCACAAGAUAGGCUUCAUAAGUUAUAGUUGUGGUAUAUAGAAAAAUUAUUACAGUUUUGACAUUGCAUGUCUCAAGCUGUUCACCAUUUGUACUAUUUAUUAGUACUAUUAUACUAUUAGUACUAAAUACUAUUAGUAUUUGUACUACCACGCUCUUUGCACAGCUUCCAAAGCGCUCCGCCCCCAUUUGAAACCAAGAUGUAGUGCAUCGCAUACUAGAAGCAAAAAUGUCUACAGAUAACGUGAUCUGUGGGCAACAGCAUCGCAUCUUUUUCACAUACAUGGCAAUAUAUUAUCUUUUAAUAUAUGAAGAACUUAUUCAGAAUGCAUACUGGGGAGUGCACAUAAUGAUCGAUUUCUAUUUCUGUGGCAUCACUUGCCAAGCAUUAAGUACAGUGUAGCAAAUGUUCAUUCGGGACAAUGAAUGGCUAUGGUUUUUAAUGCUGUAUAUUGUAGUUUUGCUAUGGACUUUGUGUAAAUACUAAACUGUAGUUGCGGCAUUUGCAAUGUUUCAAGCUAGUUAUAGGGACGUGUGAUGUACAGAAAUAUGUACAUGUGCAGGUAGUGAAGCACCUUAUCUUGUCCAUAAAUGCUUUUGUAUAUACAUGGCAUUGUAAAGUGGCCCUGAUAAUGUCUGUUCACAGUUGUGUUUUUUUAUGAGUAAGCUGAAAGUGUUUGAAGGCUAUAUUGAUGUCGUGGUGUCAAGCUUCAUGCCAGAGUAGGCUGUCAUACAUCCUUGUGAGUCAACGUCUCUCUUUUGUCAACUAGAUUUUCUGCCUCAAAAGGCUUCUUUCUUGGUCGACUAACUAGUUGGUUCACUUAGUUUCUUUAAUGAAUAAAAAGGUCCUGGAACAAUUUUCUGAUAGACUUGGUAAGCAGGUGCAUUUGGAUCUUAAGUAUAUAUGCUUGUGGCCAAAGGUCUCAAAUCUCUGCUCUUUUGCGAGUUACGCUAUCAUGAUCCUUUAGUAUAGGGAAUGUGAAAUGACAUCUGUCGUUAUAUGGUGUUGGUCAUGAACCGAAGCCCUCGUUUUUUUUUUUUUUGUGUUUUUUUUGCGCGUAGUGAGCUAUGUAUGUUAAUAUUGCACAUUGUCUUUCAAAUAUGAUAUUCCAGCUUUUUUUACAUAACAAUUUGGGGUAGUUGGCUUCGUGCUGAAUUUUUUAGGCAAUCAAAACAGCUUUUCCGGUCUCAUGUCUUUGCAGGAAUCAAUCCGUGUGGUGUCAAAAACUUUAGCUCAUCUUUUAUUGAUUAGCAGGUUGUACUGCAUACAGGGGAUUUUAAGAUAAAAUCAUACAUCUCUGUAUUGCUUCCUCUCAGAAUGACCACCGCUCUUCGAUAUUGCUGGCUGAGAGACACACUGCAACACGUCAGUUGGGAUGCGAUUGCAACAAGCAUAGUGGUGGAUCACUAUACCUUCCCAGAAGUAAAUCAUUACGAAAGCAUGGGAUAUUUCAUUUUCUUUUGCCGUGGGUGUGUUGAUGUUUGGAAGCCUCGGUGCUUUCAUUCAAAGGUGAACUCUGACAUGCGGAAUUGUCAUUGGCCUCUGUGAAAUGUUGUAGACUGUACAAAAAAAAAAAACUAGCUCCGUCUCUCCAUGAAUAAAAUGGCUACUCACA